GUCUGGUUGGAUUGCUCAGGAGCUUGUCUUAACCUAAUAGUUUCUCCUUCUAUAUAAUGAAACAAAGCUUAUUGGUAUUCCUCAUCAACCAGAACUUUUAUUCAAAGAGAUCUAUACAAACAGAACUCACCAAUCUUAUCUCUUUCCUUCUCCACCUUGCUUUCCAAUCUCAAGCUUUAACUCUCCCUGAAAAUGAUGAUAAACGCAAAGAAGCUCAUGAAGUUGGCCAAGAAAUGGCAACAAAGAGCAGCCCUCAAGAGAAAAAGAAUUUCAUUUCAGAGAUCAAGUAUUACUACUAGCAGCCAAACAGCUGUAGAAAAGGGUUGUUUCGUGGUUUACACGGCUGAUAAGAUCCGUUUUUCAUUUCCCUUAAGUUACCUAAGCAACACUAUUGUCCAAGAGCUCUUGAAAAUAUCUGAAGAAGAGUUCGGUCUCCCGACGGAAGGACCAAUCACAUUGCCAUUCGAUUCGGCCUUUUUAGAGUAUCUCAUCAAUCUGAUCCAAAGACGAAUGGAUGAAGAUACAGAAAAGGCUCUGUUAUUGUCAAUCUCAAGUGCUAGAAGCUCUUUUCAACCACAACAACAUUGUAGUGCUACUCAACAGUUGCUUGUGUUUUAGAGUUUCGCAAAUUUCUGUAUUUUGUAGAGUUUAUAGAUUAGACAGCUUAAUUGUUUCAGAAUACAAACUAUUCUUAUUUGGUCUCUCAUUUAAGUUGUCUCAUAAAAAUUCAAAAAUGACCUUCCAUAUAAAUGGAAACUUUAUCCCAACUUCAAAAAUCACUUGUUCUGACAGUUUCAUAUAAAUCUCUGAAUACUCAAGCCAUAUUAAUGAAAU